AUGUCCGCUCAGUCCAUCCGUGUGGACACUGCCAUGCACAGGGCAGGCUUUGGAAGCGCACACGUUUAUCCGGACAGCACUGGUGUGGCCCCCGGGGCCCAUACCCAGCUCAGUCCCCAGCACACACCCUGUAGGAGCCCAGAGACCUGCGUCUGUCCGCGGACAGGGCUGAGCUCGGUAACACUGCAGCUCCGGGGCCUUCAGUCCAUGUUUCAUCCACAGAUCAACAGUCCAAACACAGACAGAGGUCCUGGACAGAGGGGGUCCUGCAGAGGGGGUCCAUCACAUCUGUGGAUCCAUGGAUCCAGGUCAGACUUGUGCAGCUCCUCUGCUGCACUGACACCGCCGCUACCGCCCCCUGCUGGAGCACAUGCCGCUCACUGUACAGAGUUUACCGGGAGCCCCGGGCCGGACUGCAGACCUCCUGCGGGAUCACCGGGUCCAGCACCAGCAGCUGCUCCACCAGCACCGGGCGGGACACGCCUGACCCCCGUGUGCGUCUCUGAGGCUCGGUUUGAGGCGAUAGUAAACAAGCAGCUCCCUCCAGCGGAAGCGGAAGUGCGGUUUCCCAUCAUGCUUUGGCAGAGUCCAGGCGCCUUCUGCAGCUCACCUCCCACCUCCACCAACAGCACAAGUCUGGUGUCUGCAGUCGCCAGUCAUUGGGCCAAAUGUCUGUUCUCCUGCACUUCUGCUGCUGUGAGAAGCAGCAGUUUUCUCCCCACCUCCAUCUGCGGGAGGUGGCUCAGUUCUUUGGCCAGUGCCCCCCCGAAGAGACCCCUGAAUUCGUACAUGCGAUAUGUAAUGCAGCAGCAGCCCAUCGUGGCCCGACUGAACCCAGAGAUCAAGUCCGUCGAUGUUAUGCGGAAAAUUGCUCAACAGUGGAGAACCCUGAGGCCCGACCAGAAGAAGCCGUUUGAAGAGGCCUCUGUGAAAGCGAGGGAGCAGUAUAAAGUGGACCUGAAGAGCUACACGGCCCAGCUCAGCCCGGAACAGGAACGGCAGCAGGCUCUGGACAAAAAGCAGAGACUGGCCAAACGGAAGGCCAUUCGCAAGAAACGGGAGUUGACUUCGCUCGGAAAACCAAAGCGUCCGCGCUCUCCGUUCAACAUUUACAUGUCGGAACACUUUGAAGAGGCCAGAGGAGCCACCACCCCGGGAAAGAUGAAGUCCCUUUUGCAAGACUGGAGGAAUCUGUUCAGCCAUCAGAAGCAGGUCUACACGCAGCUGGCUGAAGACGACAAAGUCCGCUAUAAAAAUGAAAUUAAAUCAUGGGAAGAACACAUGGUGGAAAUCGGACGGGAGGAUUUGCUGCGUGAGCAAACCCGCUCCAGGAAGAACAGGAUUACGGUCAAAGCAAAGAAAAUAACUGUGAAAAGAGCGACAGGCAAAACCAAACCCAAAGUGACGAAGAAGACCUCGAGCAGCGCCACGAAAACCGGGAAAACGGCAAAAAAUACAUAA